AUGGAGGCCGCGGUCCGCUCCCCUGCUUGGCAGCGUCUUCUCACCCUCGCCGAGCCGACCUACAAAGAGCUGGUCUGGGAGUUCUAUGCCACCUUCCACCACAACUCGAAGGGGAACUCCGACCAUGCUGAUGCCGUUCAGUUCACCCUCGGCGGGGUGGCGCACUCCCUCAGUUACUGGGAGUUCGCCAACGCAGUUCGUCUAAAUUCCCGGACAGCAGGCAUGCCUCCUCUCCACUUGGAUCUCUCUGAUCCCACGGACUUCGCUUCCCAGGCGUACUUCCAGAGCAUUUUCCUGACAGUGUGGGUGAAGAGUACGUGGCCAGCCAGACGCGGGCUGCUCUCCUCCGUCCGGAAUGGAGGAUCCUCAACCACCUGA